AUGAAUAAAUCCAUGCAAGUUUACAAUUAAUUAAAGAAAUAAUUCAAAGAAAUCUCUAAACAACUAGACAAUCUAUUUGAAUAGAUUUUUAAAAAAAUGGAUUAGGAAAUUAAAGUAUUAGAAAAUAUGGCCCGAUAUCUAUAAAAUAAAGACUAUUUAACAUUUAAGUCAUAAAUUCAUAUACUCAAGUAGUUUUACUCUAAGGAAAACGAAAAUUACAAAUGUAUGUUAUAAUUAUUAAUAAUAGAAAAACAAAUACUAUAAUUGAAUAACAUUAAUAAUACAAUAAAGAAUAUUCUAUCAGAUUUAACUCAAGAAGAUGGUUCAUUUAAUUCUUGUCAUUUAAAUGAUAUUAAAAUAGUAGAAAUUAAUCAGAAAAUUGAAUCUCAUAAGUAGUUGAAUACAAAAGAGGCUGAAAUAUUAGUAACUGAAGGUAUCAUUAAUUUUAUUUGAUCUUAGGUUUUGCUUUAUACAAUUUAAAUAAAUAUUAAGAAGCAAUUGAAUGCUAUGACAUAGCUAUUACCAUUAAUCCGUAAAAUGAUGCAGUUUGGUAUUAUAAGGGUAAUUAACUGUUAGACAUUAUUAAUUAGGUAAUGCUUUAAACAAAUUAAAUAAAUAUUAAGAAGCAAUUGAAUGCUAUGACAAAUCUAUUACCAUUAAUCCAAAAGAUGAUAAAGUUUAGUAUAAUAAAGGUAAUUAACUGUUAGACAUUAUUAAUUAGGUAUUGCUUUAAACAAAUUAAAUAAAUAUUAAGAAGCAAUUGAAUGCUAUGACAAAGCUAUUACCAUUAAUCCAAAACAUGAUUCAGCUUUGAGUAAUAAAGGUAAAUUAUUUUAUAAAUAAGGCCUUACACUACAUAAGUUAAAGAAAUAUAAGAAUGCUAUCAUAUGUUAUGAUUAAGCCCUAUCUGUUAGCAUAACUCCUCUUAAUUUAUUACGAAAAGGUACACCAAUUUGCCUUAUUUUUUAAGCUGAUUCUCUAUUUGAAUUGGGGAAUAAAUAAGAGGCUAAACAAUAUUAUUUGGAUGCAUUAUAAUAUGGUUCAACUCGGAAGGAUUAUAUACAAAAAUAACUACAACAGUUAUGAAAC